AUGGCUUCGAGUCCCAAGCACCUGACCGGUGACAGUGUCGCCAUCAACGAGUUCAUCGACAAGUUCGACGUCUUUCUCAUUGACUGUGAUGGCGUCCUUUGGUCCGGCGACAGCGUAUACGAGGGGAUCCCCGAGACUCUCCGAAUGCUCCGAUCCAAAGGCAAGAGGACCGUCUUCGUGACCAACAACUCUACCAAGUCUCGCGAAGAGUACAUCAAGAAGCUCACGCGUCUCAACAUCCCCAGCGACGUCGAGGACAUCUUCGGCUCAGCCUACUCGUCGGCUGUGUACAUUGCGCGCAUCCUCAAGCUCCCCCCCGGCAAGAGCAAGGUUUUCGUCAUGGGCGAGUCCGGCAUAGAACAGGAGCUGGAUGCCGAAGGUGUCCCCCACAUCGGUGGCACGGACCCCGCCUUCCGUCGCGACAUCACCGAUGACGACUUCAAGGGUCUAGCCGACGGGUCCCUCCUCGACCCGGAGGUCGGCGUGGUGCUGGCCGGGCUGGACUACCACUUCAACUACCUCAAGUCGGCGUACGGGAUGUACUACCUCAAGAACGGGGCGCGCUUCCUCGCCACCAACACCGACUCCACCCUGCCCAUGCACCACAACUUCUUCCUCGGCGCCGGGUCCGUCAUGGCGCCCCUCAUCAACGCCUCGGGCCAGCAGCCCCUGCAGCUGGGUAAGCCUUCCCAGGCUAUGAUGGAUGCCGUCGAGGGCAAGUUCCAGCUCGACCGCGCUAGGACGUGCAUGAUUGGCGAUAGGCUCAACACCGACAUCAAGUUCGGCGUCGAUGGCAAGCUCGGCGGCACCCUGCAUGUCCUUACCGGCGUCGACAGCAAGGAGGCAUGGCAAAAGGAGGAUGCCAUCGCUGUCCCGUCCUUCUACGCCGACAAGCUCAGUGACCUUAGACUCGUGGAUAACGCUUAG